AUGGCUGAGCAAAGAACGCUCAAGCCACAGUUCUUUCUGACCCGUCCAAAUGGCGCAAUGGUCCCUCUGGUGGCAAUGGACGAAAUGCCAUUCCACGUACAGAUCCGCGGUGUCCCUCGGAGCUUGACCGCAUUCGACAUUGGCGGCAUGACACCCCUUGGACUCGUGGAAUCUCGCCAUGAAUACCAUGUUGUCGAGGCGAUGAACAACAUGAACAACAUUGCUCAUCGAAACCCAACAACCGGGCAAAAGCCAUCAGAUCUGCCCUCCUCCCUCGUCUCUCAACACCUGGGUGUUGCUCUCUGCCCUUCACCGGUUGUCAAGUUUCCAGGCAGCAUCACACAACCGAGUGACACAACCAGUUCCUCAUUCUCCACAGAAGACGGCAAGACCAAUACUCCUGCAGGGAGCUCGGUCGACUCAAGUGCUGAUACCAAUACCGCCCCAUGUCCGGUGCCGGCCUGGAGACAACAUGCAACAACGAAUGUUGCUGCACCUGCUACCACCAAGAUCGAAGACAGCAAGAGCACCGCCAACGCAGCAACUGCUUCCAAUACCGCGAAAGCCUUGACGGGCAAGAAAGUAUACUGCUCGUACUGGCUCCGCAAAGGCGAAUGCGACUUUGCUCAACAGGGGUGUAUCUACAAGCACGAAAUGCCAACGGAUCUUGAGACGUUACAGAGUGUCGGCUUCACGGACAUCCCACUGUGGUACCGCCAGCGCUACGACCUGGGCAGCCUUCACGUUGAAAAUGGCCGCAACAUCCCAAGCUUUGGAGUAGCAGACCGCGCCAAUCCCACGCCACCUCGAAGCUUCCAUGUCGGCGAUAAUGCCAAACGCAUGAUUCGCAACCAGAUCGGCCCCAACAACCGCUCCCACUCCCUGCGGGGUUGGCGCCAAAACGGCCGUCGACAUGAAGAACGUCGGGCGCCGCUCGAAGUGGGCGACAAGAGGCAGAAGCAGACCGAGGCGGCAAUCGACGCCGUCAUCGCAGCCGAGGCGGAGCGGGAGAGGGAGCGAGAAGCACUGAGGAAGAAGUUCCCGUGCUUGGCACCAGAGAGUCGCAGCGUGUUCGUCGGCCACGAAGACCUCCUGACCGAAACAUUCAGCAAUGGUGAGGAGCCCAACGACGUGCAUGCGCAGAUCAGAAAGAUCGAGCAGGCGGCUUGGGAGGAGGAGCAGGCAGAGAGGCAGAAGAAGCUGGCUGAGUUGGAGGAGAAGGAGAAGCAGCGGGACGAGCAGACAGCUGCGGGUGAGACCAAGAAGGGGCCAGGGAAGAAGAAGGGCGGCAAGGGUGGGAAGAAAUAG